CUUCUCCUUCACAAUUCAAUUUCUAAUUCCACUCCCCCCCACUUCCCAAUUCCUCUCUUCAUCAUCGCUUCUUCAUACUCUCUCUUCCUAAUUAUAUUCCCAAUUAUGUUCCCUAAUCUCCUUCUCUGUUCUCAUCGCCUUGAUAACUCCAGGAAAAAGAAGAGGAAGAAUGGAGUAGUGAGGAAGAACAGUGAGUUUGAAGAUGAACAAUUGCAAUCGCCUUUCUCGGUUCCUUUUCAGAGAGAUCCAUUGGAGAAACGAUCCAGAUUUUCUCUACGAUCUGAUUAUUCUUGCUGCAGAGGCUCCACUUUCAAGGAGAAGAAGAAAGGGGAAAUGGCGAAUAAGGUCUCCAACUUCUCCGAUCUCAUUCAACGAGUAACUGCUUCUUGUCUCCUUCAUCCACUUGCCGCCGUCCGUCAAGAUUCCGCCGAGAUCGCCUCCAAGAAUCGCAGUGCUCACGAGCUAGGUUAUGAUUCCGACGACCUUGAGGAGGAUGUUGACGAGGUGGUGGCCCCGGAGGAAGCUGAGGAGGAGUGGACUAGAGAAGGGAUUAGGGCACGCCAAGUUCCCAAGGGAGAGUUAGUCGGAGUGGAGAAACUGGUGGAUAUGGAGAUUCUGAUGAACGAAGUCUUCGAGGUUGUUUCGGCUAUGAAAAAGGCGUAUGUGAACUUACAAGACGCGCAUUGCCCUUGGGACCCGGAGAGGAUGAGGGUAGCCGAUGUGGCAGUUGUUGCGGAGUUGCGGAGGUUAGGGGUUUUAAGAGAGAGGUUUCGCCGGAGUUUGAUUGUUCAUGGCUCUGGACGGGGACGGAGGAGGAAUGGCGUAGUUGGAAUGCUGAAGGAAGUUGUUGCUCCCUAUGAGGCAGCCAUGGAGGAACUGAAGAAGGAGGUGAAAGCCCGAGAUGUAGAGGUUGAGAAUCUUAAGGAGAAGCUUAAGAAUUCUAUGACGCUUGCUAAAGGCAGCAGCUAUGGCGGCAAGAAAGGAAGAUCUCAAUCAAAGAGGAAGGUCAGCUGCAGUUUUGGUCAAGUGGCGGCAUCCCCAGUUCCUGAGCUGUUCGAGGCCACAAUGAGCCAAGUCAAAGAAGCUUCAAAAGCCUUCACAUCGCUCUUGCUUUCCCUUAUGCGUUCUGCUCAUUGGGACAUUGCAGCUGCAGUCCGUUCCAUAGAGUCCGCCAUUGCUGAGAGUGACAACACCUACCUUGAUACUGUUGCUACUACUCACCACGCCAAAUUUGCCCUUGAAUCCUACAUUUCCCGCAAAAUUUUCCAUGGUUUCGAUCACGAGACCUUCUACAUGGACGGUAGCCUCUCCUCACUGCUCAAUCCCGAGCAGUUUCGGCGAGACUGUUUCACCCAAUAUCGUGACAUGAAGGCCAUGGACCCUGCUGAGCUUCUUGGAAUCUUACCAACUUGCCAUUUUGGAAAAUUCUGCUCCAAGAAGUAUCUUUCCAUUGUUCAUCCCAAAAUGGAGGAAUCCUUGUUUGGAGACUCGGAGCAACGUAGACAAAUCUUGGCUGGUAACCACCCGAGGAGCCAGUUCUAUGCUGAGUUCUUGGGGCUGGCCAAGGCAGUCUGGCUACUUCAUUUACUGGCUUUCUCACUCGACCCAGCUCCGAGUCAAUUCGAGGCUAGUAGAGGAGCGGAAUUCCAUGCGCAGUAUAUGGAAAGCGUGGUGAAAUUCUCGUGUGGACGGGCAUCGACUUCUCUGAUUGUGGGAUUUCCAGUUAGUCCUGGGUUCAAAUUGGGUAAUGGUUCUGUCAUCAAAGCCAGAGUUUUCUUAGUUUCCAAGAGUUGAGAUGGACAAACAACAAUGAAAAUGGCAAGGGUUGUUUGGAGAGCGGGAAUGUAAUCAGAAUCACUACGAAUUAGAGGAGUCUUCAAAAGCGAAAAUAAUUGAAGACAAAAUGAAGAUGAGAUCGUGAAACGUGAAAACGAAAAGUGAAAACGGUGGGAAAGAGUUUUGGAUUUAAAACUUUCAGCACGGAAUGAGCCUUGUAUUAUAAAUCGGGCUCAAAACGCAAAAUCCAAAAAUGGGUUUUGGAUUACAUUAGAUUAAAAACUCAUGCCAAUGUGGCCAGCAAACAUCCUCUUACAAACUACUCUUUCACAAUGAAACAGGUUUAUGAUGAAA